AUGGCGACCUCGAGCACGUUUACAUUUUUUCCAGAUCUACCCAUCGAAAUUCGUCUCUAUAUUUGUAAGUUGGCUUGUUUCCAGCAAAGAAAUAUCGAUGUAUCAUUUGGUUCACUCCGAAUGGGUGGGAACGUGGGAAGAUGUCCGCCAACUGGAGGUAAACUGGUUACUUACACUAAACCUCCACCGAUCCUACAUGUCAACAGAGAGUUUAGGGUGGAAGCCCGCAAAUAUUAUAGCCAUGUAGACUUUUCACGCGAAGUAUUUGACGGACCGUUCAAGGAAUCUCAGCUUUAUAUCAAUUGGGAGAUAGAUCGAUUGUGUUUCGGCUCAUUGAUUGAUUUCAUGAUUCAUGAGGGAGGCUAUUAUAGCGAAGGAACAAGUAUUAGUUCGUUCGAAUUACGCAAAAUAUGUCUGAAAAAUGGACUGAAAUAUUUGGGCUGGAAUAUAGCAGACUUUGAAAGCUUAGGCACAGAGGGUUGCAAUCAUUUGCGUGGAGAAAAAUCUAUGGAAGUGGCGCAUGUACUUCCCUGGAAUCAUCAGAUUGACGAUUGUGUUAUCUUUUAUAAUAAGGGGACGGAAAAUUCCAAUUCCAGAGGAGAAAUCGUCGAAUUUGGUUCGGCUCCAUUAAUUUUACGUGAAAAUAAAACAUGGCUUCAUGGCAUUCAUUUUAAUACAGCGAAGAAUGACUUCCAGACCGGAAACGGUUUUCAAGGUGCCGGUGCACUCUUCCUUCAUCAACUCGAUUUUCUUGAUCGGCGAUGGUGGAUGUAUCAUAGGUUUUUGGGUCAAGAAACGACAAUGCAGGCUUUCGAGGAAGGGCGGGAGGCAAGAAAAGCUGUAAACCGAGUGCGUCUUGUUUAUAACAUUGAGAAAGUGGAGCCUGCGACAAUUUGA